AUGGGCAGUUUGAAAGAACUGUCAUUAAUUAGUACUCCUGGUGCUGGUAAGGUCGAGACCAUGGUUCGUCUCCAUUUGCCGGCUGAUAAGAUCUCUGAAAUUGACCAGCCAACUUGCUUGGUUCGGCUAUUCUUUUCUAUUGAAAAGGAGUCAAGAGCUCUUGUUUGUUCAAAUAGAGGAAAACCACUUUAUACAUAUAACGUUAAACGUUUUGAAUAUGUAGACACCAUUAAUGUAAACUGA